CGCCAGCAAGAUGAGGCAGCAGCAAAGGCUGCCGAUGAAGAAUGACUUCAACGACACGAGAAGAUAUUCAGCGGAGAGCGAGCUUUGCUCACAAUGGCAGCGGACUUGCGGACCGAGGCUGAGAAUGGGAAGCUGGAAGAGAGCGAAAACAAGAUCGCUCUACUCCUCUCCCAUCUCACAGACCUCCUGGCCACAUGCAUUGCACAACAGGAGGAUAUUCACAACCUCGACGACGCGGUUCAGACACACAAUCAGGUGUUUGAUCAACUCACCACCCGCCUCCAGCAGCUGGAACAAACCGUCGCCAGCCCCGUUGCCAGCUCUUCCAACACCUCCGAUUGCCUCGAGACAUUGGAGAUUGGCGUCGGAUCCCUCAAGGAUGGCGUGCAGUUACAGCAAACCGCAACGCAACAAUUGGAGCAGCGGAUCUGUACUGCCGCCAACCACUCGAGCUCGGAACCGCGCGAGACAACUCCAAAGUUCGAUGGGCGGGAGAUCUUCUGCGGCUCGACGAAGACGGACCCAAUUCCAUGGUUCCGCAAGUUCGAGCUCGCGUUGCAGCUACAUUACGUCAAAGAACACAAGCACCACGUGUACUUAUACUCCCGGUCGGGGGGCACGUGCCAAGCAUGGUUGGACAAUCUCUUGUCCAAGUACGGAGUGGUGGCUGCCGACUUGCAUACCAAAAUCAACUGGGGGGAUUUAAAGGUGGUGUGGCAUAAGCGGUUCCAAGUAGAGCCGUCGGAGAUCAAGGCAAUGGACAAGCUGAUGGUCUUCGAACAAGGCACGCUGCCGAGUGUUGAUUGGAUUGCCGAGUACCAACGCUUGACAUCUAUCCCAGACAUCCAAAUGAGCUUCAAAGCCAUCAAACACUACUUCGUCUUGAGGUCGUGUCCGGCGUUGGGCAAUGCCUUGACUCACGUCAAGGACACCCUGAUGACACUGACAAAACUCUUCGACAAGGCCACGCAGAUUAUUGUCACGAACAAGGAGGCCAGAGAUCUCCAGCGUUCGUUUGCGCCAGGCCUGAGCAGAGAUCAGCAUCGGCCGAAAGUGGCCGUGGUCGUGGCUGCAACGCCAAACGACCAAACUAGCGAGGUCGUGUCUACCAAUGAAGGGGACAGCCUCGAGCCGCCCAGGAAGAUUUUGAUACGACUGAAUUAUCGCUACAAAUCCGCGCUCAAGACGCGGUACGGGCAUUUUGAGUGGGUGGUCAUGCCUUUUGGCCUCACCAACGGCCCGACGACCUUUCAACUGGCAAUGACCAACGAGUUUCGCGCGAUGUUGGACCGGUUCGUGUUGGUCUACUUAGACGGCAUUCUUGUCUAUAGCCGCUCAUUGGAGGAUCAUCUUGAGCACCUUCGACGAGUGUUGGAGACACCCCGCCGCGCCAAGUACAAGGCCAACCACGACAAGUGCAAAUUUGUCUGGCAAGAGCUGGAAUACUUGGGCCAUUUUGUCGCACUGGAGGGCAUCAGUCCGCUAUCGGACAAGAUUCGAGCCAUCCAAGAGUGGCCGGAGCCACGGAACAUCACGGAUGUCCAUUCGCUCCCUGGCCUUGCCGGCUACCACCAACGUUUUAUCAAGGGAUACUCGAAGAUCGCGGCCCACUUGUCCAAACUUCAAUGCGAGGAUCGGCUGUUUAACUUCGGAGAGGAUGCGAGGGAAUCAUUUUUGGCUCUCAAAGUCGCGCUAUUAUCUGCGGAGGUCUUUCACAUCUACAACCUCCUAUUGUCUGUACGCGUCACUACGGAUGCGUCCGGCUAUGGCAUUGGUGCCGUCCUCGAACAACAUGAUGGCGUGGACUGGCACCCGGUCGAGUACUUCAGCAAGAAAGUGCCCGCCGUGCACUCCAUUGACGAUGCACGCAAGAAGGAGCUCCUCGCCUUUGUCCACGCGCUCAAGCGUCUGCUUCAGAAGGGGAGAUAUUUGGAAGAGCAGCUAACAACGAACCGAGGAAAGGAUAACAUGAAUAACAGGAAUAACAAUGGGAACAAUGGGGUUAAUGGGAACUACGGAGGCUACGGGGGGAGAAGGGGGAUUUCGUGCUAUGAGUGCGGGAAGACAGGUCAUAUGGCACGCGAUUGCUGGUCCAAGCGUGGGAAACCAAAUCAACACGAAGAUGAGGUUCACGUGUUCAUGAGGGAGCUUAUGGAAGAAAAGAAAGAAGAGCGGAGAAAGAAAGCUGAAGAAGAACAAAAACGCUCGAAGGAGGAAGAUGAAAGGAGACGGGAGUUGGACAUCACCACAAGAACGGAGGAGAUGAAAUUGCAGCUACAGGCCGACAUUGAAGAUAAGUGGAGGAGACAACUGGAGGAGGCCGCGAACAGGGCAAGGGAGAACAGACAAGAACCCGUGAAGACUGAGAGCCCCAAGAUAACGCCGCAGAGCAAGACAAUCACCAAGGGAAAGAGGAAGAAGGCACGAAGACAAGCCAAGAAGACGAACAAGGGUAAACGCGCAGUGCUGUCUUCAACCAGCUCAGACACAAGCGAAGGUAGCAGCCCAACAACGAGCGAAUCUAGUGAGGACUCCGAAGAGGACGCGUUAUGGAUCAUUCAACUACUGCGCGCCGAGAAACAACGGGCAAAGUUGAAGAAGAAACAAGGGCGAGGUAGAUCAGCCAAGAGAACACCACCAAGCAGAUGCAAAAGAGGAGAAUGCUCAAAACGAUCAAUGGCGCCUGAAACAAGGGAGAAGGGUGAAGUGGAAGAAGAGCCUAGGACACCACUCCCAAAAGGAUACAAAGGCAAAGCGGCUGGUUGCUCGCGAGAAGGGUUCGUCGACUAUACGCUGCAAGUAUUCCAGGAGUAUUCAGCUAAGAAGGUUCCCCAACUGCGCGAGAUCUGUGAAAAGGAAGGGAUAAAGACUACGAAGAAGGAUGAGAUGGUUAUGGAGCUUGCUGGAGCGACGAAGGUCGAAUUCACGGCGCGACGACAGUGGACGGAUGGAUGGAAACAGAUCACUGCACAGUUCGGGAUGUCAGAAGUGGAAGUCGAGGGAAAGUCAAUGCUACUGAAGCAGGCGAAAGCCACCUGCCAGCCAGGCGAUUGGAACCCUGGUGACACAGCCCUGAUCUGCCCAGUCCUAUAUAGGCAUGGGUUCGGGAGCACUUUCAUGUGGAAUCGAGACUACGAGACGGUGGUCGAACCAGAGGCAGAGAUCCUGGCAAAAUGCAAGGAGGACUUUGUAGGGGCAGGGUUACCGGAAAUAGGAAACUGGAAAAGGGACGGGAGGCUGGGGAAAGCCUACGUGAUACCCAAAGAUAAAGACCUGCAGCGCUGGAGGCCGAUCGCCCCGACAUGCAGUGAUCCGGCAGAAUUGGCGCAACGGAGGGGUGCAAGGGCCUUACACUGUCUCAUUACAAGAUUCUCAAGAACGAAGAACUUCCAUCUGAAGUCGACGAUGGAACUCAAGGACGAUCUGGAGCAGGCGGGAAGUAAGAUGAGAAGGGAAGGAUGCGAUAUAGCAAUGGGGAGAUGUUAUGAUAUCAAAGAGAUGUUCUCUUCGAUAUCGCAUCUAUCUGUGAAGAAUGCAGUACUGGCUUUGGUGAUGCACUUCGAAGAGCAAGGUUGGAGACAGCCGGGUGGGAGUGUGAGGCCUGGGAGAGCUCGACAGGGAAUAAGACAGUGUUGGAUAGUCUUAGAGAGUUUUGUUUGGGAGCCUAGGGGUUCUGAGCAUUCGAAAAGAGCCAAAGUUAGACUUAAGCUUGACAAGCUCAAGCACAACAAGUGGACAGGCACCAUGCAUAGUCUGCAAGAGUAUGUUAGUAAACUCUUUGCUACUCCGGAUCUGGAGAUGACUGCGCAGUCUUGCUUGGGUGUGAUAAAAGGUUCGGUCCCCUAUACUGUGAUACAUCGUUUGGGGCUCAGACUCAUAACGUAUAUAAAUUGGCUUACCCUCAUGCGGGAUUUAGUCAAGCUGGAGGCACAAGACCUCCCGGGUGGAUCGGGUGGCAAAAAGACCACCGGCUGCAAACGGGUUCCGAGCAGCAACUAUUUUGCAGCGUACGAUCUGCUUGAGGAUGACGAGAAGACCUUUGCAGAGGAUCCUUCUCUUGAUGACGAUCAAGAGCAAGGCCGCAAGGCAUCUUGCUCUUCGUCAGCCCAUGAGUCUGAGUAUGUAAAUGGCGAUGAACCUAUGAAUGCCUUCAAGAAGACUGCCUUCAAAAGAGACAAUCUACGAAUGUGUAUUCAGUACCGCGGACUGAAUGGAAUAACAAGAAAAAAUGCAUACCCUUUGCCGUGUAUUGAUGAUCUUCUUGAUGCUGCUGGUGGAUGCAAGGUUUUCAGCAAGAUCGAUCUCAAGUCUGGCUACCACCAGAUUGAAGUUGACCAUGCAGACCAGUAUAAAACUGCAUUCAAAACUUGCGAUGGGUUGUACGAGCUUACCAUCAUGCCCUUCGGCCUCACGAAUGCACCGACCACCUUUCAAAGUCUCAUGGAUAAGGUGUUCCGCAAUCAGAUCAAUCGAUUUGUUGUUGUUUAUUUGGAUGUCAUACUAAUCUUCAGCAAGUCGAUGGAGGAGCACAUGAGACACCUUGAGGAAGUGUUGCAGAUCCUUAAGAAUGCGCAGCUCCAUCUCAACUUGGAGAAAUCCGAGUUUGGGAGGGAUAACGUCAUCUACCUUGGACAUCGGUUGUCUGUUGCAGGCCUAGAGCCCGAGGCAACCAAAGUUGAGGUCAUCCGCAAAUGGCCUCAACUGACAAAUGUUCGUGAGUUGCGUUCUUUUCUUGGUCUUGCAUCAUACUACCAUAAGUUUGUACCCAAAUUCUCUAUUACUGCCCGACCGCUGUCCAGAUUGACCACCAAGAAUGUGUCCUACACAUUGGAUGGGGAAUGCACAACAGCCUAUCAAGCAUUGAAGGAGGCUUUGGCGAGUCAUCCGGUGCUCCGCAUUGCAGAUUCCAAACUUACAUUCAUAGUAACUACGGAUGCAAGCUUGUAUGGGAUUGGUGCAGUGCUGCAACAAGAUGACGGCGACGACUUACGUCCGCUCGAAUUCUACAGCAAACGUAUGCCCAGUCACAAGGUAGUUGCCUCCACUUACAUGCGAGAACUCUAUGCCUUGAGAGAGGGACUAGAUCAUUGGAAGCACUACCUCUUGGGUCGCUAUUUCAAAGUGUUCUCAGACCACGAGACUUUGAAAUGGAUUCAGACACAGAAUAAUCCAUCAACUACAUUGACCCGCAGACUGCAUGAGAUUGCUGUGUAUGAUUUCGAACUUAGGCACAAAAAAGGUUGUUACAAUCGCAUUGCGGAUGCUUUGUCUCGUCACCCUGAGUACAUGUCUUGUCUUGUGGGCUCCUAUGACCUCCGUAAGAACUUGAAGGAGGAACUGGUUGAGAAUACUGCCAAGGACCCGGAACUCAGUCUCAUCCGUGAGCAUAUCCAGGUUGACUCUAGCAGUCAGCCUGACUUCCAUGAGUGUAAAGGUUUGCUCUUUUAACGUUACGGGCAGGCUGUCACGCAGGAUUUUGAUAGGUAUAAAAAUA